AUGCCCGCCCCAGAAGGAUUCGUAAACAAUAAAUUCCGCACCUGGGAGGAUGUACAACGAGCAGCAGUCUCCGUUCUUGACUCGCUCUCGCGCUAUACAUCUCCUGGAGGAGCACGCAUAGUACAGGCCAUACCGGCACUCACUUUGACGAAGUUGCCGCCCAACUUGAAGGAUUUUCGCGACCUUUAUGGGCACUUGCUAGUCUUAUUGCCGGAAGCAAAGGACAUGGGACUUGCUUCUGGCACUGAUCCUAAAAAUGCCGAGUACUGGGGGACAACUCGGGGGAAGGACCAACGUAUGGUCGAGAUGAGCGCGAUCGGAUUCACCCUGGCCAUUGCUGGAGAGAAGCUGUGGGACCCUCUUUCUGAAAAGGAAAAAAGCAACCUCGCUAAUUGGCUUGGCGAGAUUAACGACAAAGAAAUGCCAGAUACAAACUGGUUGUGGUUCCGCGUCUUUGCGAACCUUGGGUUGCGUAGUGUCGGAUCAGAUCGUUUUUCAAAGGAGCAAAUGACCAAAGACCUGGAUCAUUUGGAUACAUUCCAGCUGGAAAAUCUAGGCGAUGAGCCAGCUGCGAGUAUUGAUGGUAUACCCGGAUUAGAUGCUACAACUGCAGGUAUUACUGCCCCACGUUCGCGCGGAUGGUCAAGGGAUGGUCCGGAAGGCGUAAGACAAUUGGACUAUUACUCUUCAUCUUUCGCUAUUCAGUUCGCCCAGUUGGUCUAUUCGCGCCUUGCAAAAGACUUCGACCCGAUAAGAUGUAAGAAGUACAAGGUUCGCGCCCGCGAAUUUGCGAGGGAGUUUGUUGCGUAUUUUGACGAGACGGGUCGAGCCAUUCCCUUCGGGCGCUCAAUGAUAUACCGCGCCGCUUCCGCUUCGUUCUGGCCUGCGAUGGCAUUUGCAAACGUCGAGCCUCCCGCCCCGCUUACUUGGGGGCACAUCAAAGGCCUCUACUUGCGAAACCUCCGAUCGUGGGCUGCUCUUGGUGAUCAAAUCUGGUCUGAUUUAGGUGCACUUACCAUUGGAUAUGCCUACCCCAACAUGUACAUGAGCGAGAACUACAACUCUCCCGGGAGUCCGUAUUGGUUUUGUAAGAUUUUUGUCGGAGUUGGAGUCCGUCCCGACCACCCUAUGUGGACUUCCCAAGAGUCCGGCCACCCAGGUUGUGGCUCUAAAUCAUUGACCCCAUCGACUAUUGCCCUCGAUCACCCUGGGCAUAUUCUUACCCACUCCGGAGGGCAUACCUUUCUUCUUUCCUCGGGCCAGGCGUGUCAUUAUCCGUUGAAACACACGUGCGAAAAGUAUGGCAAGUUUGCGUACUCUUCUGCUUUUGGAUUCAGCGUUCCCACUGGCGCAUACACUCUUGAGCAGCACGCACUUGACUCCACGCUUGGGUUGAGCGAUGACAAUGGAGACCGCUGGCGCGUUAGACGACUCGCCCCCGAUGCGCGUAUUGAACGUGACGGAAGUGGGGGAAUCUGGCUCCGAAGUACUUGGGAGCCAUGGCAGGGGGUCACUGUCGAGACUUGGUUGAUACCUCCCUCACCAGAAGCACCGCUCUGGUACCUUCGUGUCCACCGAAUUCGCGGGGCGGAAGGACGUGGACUGAAGAGUGCUGAUGGCGGAGGGCGAUCUACGACCGAGGACGGGACCACCGUGCAAUUUCAGGAGAAGCUCGUUUUGAACAAGGGCUUGAAGCUAGGGCCAUCAGCUCAGCUGGAGCGGUCGGUAUUGUUGCUCUUGAAGCGAGCUCGGAGCGAUUCGCACGGGUGGUUGAUGCAGACUCAAAUUCCAACAUUAUAUUUGCACGAAGCGUAA